GCGGGACGGGCGCCGAGGGCCAAGGUCCUGCGCGCCCCGUGCGCUCGCGGCCAUGGCUCCCGGGACUCCCGGGGCUCCCGGGGGACGCGGCGCGCCCGCUGCCAGGCACUCCUGGUGGCCUCUCCUCCUCCUGUGUUUGCUCCCGGGGACGUGUCACUUAAAAGCAGCAAAUGCCUUCAAACCCAAUAUUCUACUGAUAAUGGCAGAUGAUCUUGGCAUUGGGGAUCUUGGUUGCUAUGGGAACAGCACCCUCAGGACACCCAAUAUCGACCGGCUUGCAGAGGAAGGCGUGAGGCUCACCCAGCACCUGGCGGCCGCCCCCCUCUGCACCCCCAGCAGAUCUUCCUUCCUCACGGGGAGGCACUCCUUCAGAUCAGGCAUGGAAGCCCAUGAUGGGUACCGCGCCCUCCAGUGGAACGGGGCAUCGGGCGGACUCCCCAAGAACGAAACCACAUUUGCGAGAAUCCUGCAGCAGCAAGGUUACGCAACCGGCCUCAUAGGAAAAUGGCACCAGGGUAUAAACUGUGAAUCCCGUACCGACCACUGCCACCACCCACUGAACCAUGGAUUUGACUAUUUUUAUGGCAUGCCUUUCACACUCGUGAAUGACUGUCACCCAGACAGGCCCCCGGAAGUAGACGCCACCACCAGAGCAAAGCUGUGGCUUUCCACCCAAAUGGCGGCCCUGGCGGUACUGACCAUUGCUGUUGGCAAGGUUUGCGGGUUAAUCUCCGUGCCCUGGAAGGUAGUUCUGGGUGCGGCCAGCCUCGUCUUCCUCUUCUUUGUCUCCUGGUACGCCAGCUUUGGGUUCGUGCGCCGUUGGAACUGUAUCUUGAUGAGAAACCAUGACGUCACAGAGCAGCCCAUGGAUUUGGAAAGAACGACGAGUCACAUGCUACGGGAGGCCAUUUCGUAUAUUGAAAGAAAUAAGCACCAACCAUUUCUUCUCUUCUUGUCCUUGCUGCAUGUACACAUUCCCCUGGUAACCACAAAACAGUUUCUUGGGAAAAGCCAGCACGGCUUAUAUGGUGACAACGUGGAAGAGAUGGAUUGGCUUGUAGGUGAAGUCCUUAAUGCCAUUGAAGAAAACGGUUUGAAAAACACGACAUUCACCUAUUUUACCUCUGAUCAUGGAGGACAUUUGGAGGCAAGAGACGAACGUGGCCAGCUGGGGGGAUGGAAUGGAAUAUUCAGAGGUGGCAAAGGGAUGGGGGGCUGGGAAGGCGGCAUCCGCGUCCCGGGGAUCUUCCGGUGGCCUGGGGUGCUGCCAGCCGGCCGAGUGAUCCACGAGCCCACCAGCCUGAUGGAUGUCUUCCCCACCGUGGUCCAGCUGGGGGGCGGCGAGGUGCCCCAGGACAGGGUGAUUGAUGGCCGUAGCCUGGUGCCCUUGCUUCGAGGGGCUGCUGAGCACUCAGCACAUGAGUUCCUGUUUCAUUACUGUGGAAAGUAUCUCCACGCGGCACGCUGGCAUGAAAAGGACAGUGGAAGACUCUGGAAGGUCCACUACAUGACUCCACGGUUCCACCCCAAGGGUGCAGGGGCCUGCUAUGGCCGAGGCGUGUGCCCCUGCUCGGGUGAUGGUGUGACCCAGCACAGCCCGCCCCUGCUCUUCGAGCUCUCCAGGGACCCUUCCGAGGCUCGGCCCCUGUCCCCUGGCUCUGAACCUCUGUACCACAUGGUAGUAGCACGGGUGGGUGAGGCCGUGGAGCAGCACAGAAAGACCCUGAGCCCUGUGCCCACCCAGUUUUCCCUGAGCAACAUCAUCUGGAAGCCGUGGCUGCAGCCGUGCUGUGGGACCUUCCCCUUCUGUGCGUGCGGGCAGGAUGGAGAUCACAGUGAGACAUGACCUCACACUUGGCAGGAUGCCCGUCAUCAGACAGACAGAUGGGGUGAAAAGAGUUGGCAGGGGUGUGGCAAAGAGUCGAACCCUCAUGCCCUGUGGGUGGGCAUGCGAACUGGAGCAGCCACUCUGGAAACAGUAUGGAGGCUCCUCAAAAAAUUCAAAAUAGAGCUUCCUAUGACCCAAUGAUUCCACUGCUGGGCCCCAAAGGAAAUGGUAAUAGGAUCUCAAACAAAUCUGCACCCCCAUGUGCACAGCAGCAUGAUUCAUGGCAGCCAAGACCUGGAAGGAACCCAACUGCUCAUCGAUGGAUCGAUGGAUCGAUGGAUCGAUGGAUGGAUGGAUAAAGAGCAGGUGGUCCAUCCACAUGAUGCAACAUGACUCAGCCACGAGAAGGAAGGAGAUCCUGCCAUUUAUGGAUGACGUGGGGUGGACCUCAAGGACAUUGUGCAAAGUGCAGUAAGUCAGACACACCUAGGAAAAAAAAAGCAUGAGCUCACCGAUACAUGCAAUCUUAAAAAGAAAUUCGAACUUGUAGAAAGAGAGGGUACAAUAGUGAUGGCUGCUAGGAGUUUGCGGGGAGGUGGCUAGAGGAUGCUCAGAGGACACGAACUUUCAGUUAUGAGAGGAUCACAUCCUGGAGAUGCCUGGGCCAGCACGGGGGGGUCUAGUUACUGAUCCUGUGUCCUGUCCUUGAAAUCUGCUGAGAGACUAGCCGUGCGGUGUCGUCGCCGUGCAUACCCUACGUGAUCAUUAGCGAAGGUGAUGGGUGCGUUAAUUCACUUCACCGGGGUGGUCAUUUCACGCGGUGUACGGGCAUCGCAUCAUCGUGCUGUACACCAUAAAUACAUACAGUUUUGCCAGUUCUGCCCCCGUGAAUCUGCGAAAUAAAUAUUGAACGUUUAAAUUGAA